AUGCGAUCGGCCACCAUGAGUUCUAUCGUUUUUGUGGUAUCGGCGCUGGAAGCUAUAGCAGCUUCAAAGGAAGCUUCAAAAAGGCAACAAUUGGGCGACUCUGUCCAAAAUGCUUUAAAAGAGAUCAAGGCACAAGAACCCAACUUACCGGAUCCCGAAAUCAUAUUUACUCCGCUCCAAGCUGCGACUAAAUCCGGCAGUAUCCCAUUAACAACUACGGCACUCGAUUGCAUUGGCAAACUCAUCAGCUAUUCGUACUUCUCCGUCCCAUCCUCCCCAAAUGCCGACAAAGAGGCCGCUCGAGACCCCCUCAUCGAACGAGCGAUCGAUACAAUAUGCGACUGCUUUCAGGGGGAAACAACGCCUGUGGAGAUCCAAUUGCAGAUUGUCAAGUCCUUACUGGCUGCUGUUUUGAACGAUAAAAUCGUUGUUCAUGGUGCAGGACUGCUGAAAGCUGUCCGCCAGGUAUACAAUGUCUUCCUACUGUCAAAAAGCAGUGCGAAUCAACAAGUAGCCCAAGGAACCUUGACACAGAUGGUCGGUACGGUGUUCGAGCGGGUGAAAACAAGAAUACAUAUGAAGGAGGCUCGGAUGAAUCUGUCGCGGCUUGGGAAGACGACUGGGAACGUUAGCUCUUUAACAGUCGACGCUACGGAAUCGAUAAACGAGUCCGCCGGAGUCAUUGACAGUGAUGAAGCAGUGGCAGAAACGCCAGUGGAUGGGGCCCCUGGAGAUGAUGGACCGAAACUCACGUUAAAGGAUCUGGAGCACCGCAAAAGUUUCGAUGAUUCCCAGAUGGGCGAAGGGCCUACGAUGGUAACUCAGGUCAAACCGGUACGGUCGUCUUCGCGGUCUGCCUCUGGACAAAAUCUUGCUGAUCAUAGCACGGACGACGGCCUGGAGUCCGAGGAUGCCGAAGACGAGGUUUACAUUAGAGAUGCUUAUUUGGUCUUCAGAUCAUUUUGCAACCUUAGCACCAAGGUGCUUGCUGCUGACCAACUCUAUGAUUUGAAAGGACAAGCUAUGCGGUCAAAACUCAUUUCCCUCCACCUGAUACACACGCUACUCAACAAUAACAUGCUCGUCUUCACUUCUCCCUUAUGUACCAUCACGAAUAGCAAGAGUAAUGAGCCCACCGGGUUUCUUCAAGCUAUCAAAUUCUACCUCUGUCUUAGCAUUACCCGGAAUGGGGCCAGUUCUGUAGAUCGAGUUUUCGAAAAAGAAAUAGAAGUCUUUUUAAACGAGAUUUACUUGGCUCUUCUAGAAAGACGAACUGCGACUGUGGGCCAGAAGCUGUAUUUCAUGGGCAUCUUGCAGAGGUUAUGCGCAGACCCUCGUGCGUUGGUGGAAACUUAUCUCAACUACGAUUGUGAUGGGAAUGUGGACAACAUAUUUCAAAAGCUCAUUGAGGAUUUGUCGAAAGUCUCGAGCUCGGCCGUUAUGGUUAGCCCUUUACAUCAACAGCAAUAUGAAGAAAAGGCUGGAAAAUUAGGCGGAAGUGGUUAUGAUUGGCAAGCUCGGGGAAUGCUUCCUCCGUCAUUAACUACUGCGCACAUGAGUGCGAACCAUGACAAUGGGGAAGCUGAAAUCCCUAAAGAGUAUAUAAUCAAGCGUCAGGCUUUGGAUUGCCUGGUAGAGACAUUGAGAUCACUCGUUAAUUGGUCCCAGCAAGGGAUUGCUGAGGUUACGAAUGCGGAUCCCAACGUCAGAGCCUCAGAAGAUAUCCGAGACUCAUUAGAUCCAUCAGGCAACGAUAGCUCGUCCAGAAUUACCAACGGAGAUACUCCUAUACCCCCCUCAACGCCGGUGAUCGAUGACGAUCCAGAACAACUCGAGAAGGAGAAACAGCGGAAGACUGCCGUCAGUAACGCCAUCAAACAAUUCAACUUCAAACCGAAACGAGGUCUCAAGCUUCUGCUCUCCGAAAAGAUCAUACCAAGUAAUAGUCCGGAGGACAUAGCCCAUUUUUUACUUGGCGAAGAUCGGUUAGACAAAGCGCAGAUUGGAGAGUUCCUUGGUGAAGGCGACGAAGAGCACAUUGCGAUUAUGCAUGCUUUCGUUGAUAGCAUGGAUUUUACGAAGCGGCGAUUUGUUGAUGCCUUGAGGCAAUUCUUGCAAUCAUUUCGCCUUCCUGGUGAGGCUCAGAAGAUUGAUCGAUUUAUGUUGAAAUUCGCCAACAGAUACGUAACUGGAAAUCCCAAUGCAUUCGCAAAUGCGGAUACUGCUUAUAUUCUGUCUUACUCGGUGGUUAUGUUGAACACAGAUCUUCACAGCAAGAACGUCGUCAGGCGAAUGACCCCAGAAGACUUUAUCAAGAAUAAUCGGGGAAUCAAUGACAAUGCUAAUCUGCCAGACGAAUAUCUGACCGGGAUUUAUGACGAGAUCGCCAAGGAUGAGAUAGUGCUAAAGAGUGAACGUGAAGAAGCAGCUGCGAAAGGAGCACUUCCUCAAGCCUCUGGUGGCAUUGCUGCAGGUCUUGGACAAGCCCUCGCAACUGUUGGUCGCGAUCUGCAGCGUGAGGCUUAUACAAAACAUGCUGAGGAAAUUUCUCUGCGAUCUGAACAACUCUUUAAAAGCCUCUACCGCAAGGAACGUAAGAAUGCGGCGAACGCUGGAAACAGCAGAUUUAUACCCGCUACUUCCUUCAAGCACGUCGGGCCGAUGUUUGAUGUAGUAUGGAUGUCAUUCUUUUCUGGGCUAUCAGGACAAAUGCAGAACGCGCAUAACAUUGAGAUUAUCAAAUUAUGUAUGGAGGGAAUGAAACUAGCAGUACGAAUAUCUUGUCUAUUCGACUUGGAAACACCCAGAGAGGCAUUCGUUUCUGCGCUCAAGAACGCUACGAAUCUCAACAACCCUAACGACAUGAUGGCCAAAAAUGUUGAAGCGUUAAAGAAUCUUCUUGAAAUUGCGCAGACAGAGGGUAACCUGCUCAAGGGGUCGUGGCGGGAUAUUUUGAUGUGUGUCAGUCAACUUGACAGACUUCAACUGAUUUCCGAGGGGGUCGACGAGGGCUCAAUUCCGGAUGUGUCUAAAGCUAGAAUUGUAGCUCCCUCCCGUCAGGACACCAACUCUUCUAGGAAAUCCGGACAGUCUCAAAGGCCGCUGCGCGCACGACCCCGGUCGACCUCGGCGAACACCACCUACUCCAUGGAAAUUGCUAUGGAGAGCCGAUCUGACGAAGUCAUCAAAGCAGUCGAUAGGAUAUUCACCAAUACUGCCAACCUCAACGGGGAUGCCAUUGUACAUUUUGUGAGGGCUUUGACGGAAGUAAGCUGGGAUGAGAUCAAGAUCUCAGGUUCAAACGAGUCACCACGCACUUACAGUCUACAGAAGCUAGUGGAGAUCAGUUACUAUAACAUGACCCGUGUUCGAUUCGAGUGGACAAACAUUUGGUCAGUUCUUGGAGAGCACUUCAAUCGAGUGGGAUGUCACAACAAUACCGCUGUUGUGUUUUUCGCUCUGGACUCGCUUAGACAACUAUCCAUGCGUUUCAUGGAGAUUGAAGAACUUCCAGGGUUUAAAUUUCAAAAAGACUUCCUCAAACCUUUCGAGCAUGUCAUGUCGAACAGCAACGUUGUUGCCGUAAAGGAUAUGGCUCUUCGAUGCCUUAUACAAAUGAUUCAAGCUCGUGGAGAAAAUAUUCGUUCCGGUUGGAGAACUAUGUUUGGCGUUUUUACCGUUGCUGCUCGAGAACCAUACGAGAGUAUUGUUAAUUUGGCAUUUGAAAACGUCAAUCAAGUCUACAAGACACGAUUUGGCGUCGUCAUUUCACAGGGUGCUUUUGCUGACCUGAUAGUGUGUCUCACAGAGUUCUCAAAGAACAUGAGAUUCCAGAAAAAGGGGCUUCAAGCAAUGGAAACUCUGAAGUCUAUCAUCCCAAAAAUGCUCAAGACUCCGGAGUGUCCUCUUUCGCAUAAAUCUAUUGCCAAUUCGGAUGGCUCAACAAAAUCCACUGAGCCGUUGUCAAAACAGCCGAGCCGAACGACUCAGGAGGAAGCCUUUUGGUUUCCGGUACUUUUCGCCUUUCACGAUGUGUUAAUGACAGGUGAGGACUUAGAAGUUCGAUCCAAUGCUCUUAAUUACUUGUUCGAAUCGAUAAUCCGUUAUGGUGGCGACUUUCCAACCGACUUCUGGGACAUACUGUGGCGACAACUGCUGUACCCCAUUUUCAUGGUCUUGAAAUCUAAGUCUGAGAUGUCGAACGUGCUGAACCACGAGGAACUCUCGGUUUGGUUGUCAACUACCAUGAUUCAAGCGCUCCGCAACAUGAUAACUCUCUUUACCCACUAUUUCGAGUCGUUAGAGUAUAUGCUUGACAGGUAUAUGGACCUUCUUGCGAUGUGCAUAUGCCAAGAGAACGACACCAUCGCACGAAUUGGAAGUAACUGUCUUCAGCAACUUAUCUUGCAGAACGUUACCAAAUUCCAACCUGAGCAUUGGUCGAAAAUUGUCGGGGCCUUUGUCGAACUGUUUGAGAGAACAACAGCCUAUCAGCUCUUCUCGGCCGCGACCGGAUCAGGCGCCAACGGGGCUGAGGCUCUGUCACCACUUGAAGAUGCGCCGGAGGACGAGAAGUCGCUCAAGAUCAAUGGAUCGAAUGGCACAGCUACAUCAGAGACGGACAGCAUCAAUGACGAUGAAGCCAAAACGCCCACUGCAGCUCCCAAUGAGCUAGAGGAUUACAGGCCAUCUUCGGGCCUUCAGCAACAGCCGGUUGUCGUCACUGCGGCUCGGAGGCGCUUUUUCAACAAGAUCAUUACUCGUUGUGUUCUCCAGCUACUGAUGAUUGAAACUGUUAAUGAGCUCUUUUCUAAUGAUGCUGUGUACGCUCAAAUUCCAAGUCCAGAGCUGCUUCGUCUCAUGGGUCUCCUUAAGAAGAGCUUUUUGUUCGCGAAGAAGUUCAAUGAGAAUAAAGAGCUUCGCAUGCGACUUUGGCGAGAAGGCUUCAUGAAGCAGCCUCCUAACCUCUUGAAACAGGAAAGCGGGAGCGCGGCAACAUAUGUGAGCAUUUUAUUACGCAUGUACCAUGAUGAAGGCGAGGAGAGGAAGAGAAAUCGUAACGAUACAGAGGCAGCACUUGUGCCCUUGUGCGCCGAUAUCAUUCGGGGAUUCACACUAUUAGAAGAAGAAUCUCAGCAGCGUAACAUUAUUGCAUGGAGACCGGUGGUGGUUGAUGUUAUGGAGGGAUAUACGAACUUUCCUAGAGAAGGAUUCGAAAAGUAUAUUGAAGUAUUUUACCCACUCGGAAUAGAUUUGUUAAGCAGAGAUAUGGGCGUUGAGGUCAGGAUGGCAUUGCAGUCAAUGCUACGGCGUGUAGGCGAGUUAAAACUUGGCUUACCUGGGGCACCGCCUCUUGGGUCGCCAACGAGCAUACACUCUUCUUACCCAUUCGGGAGCAGAAGAUCGAGUCGGCGGGAAUAA